UACGUCAGUUCCAUGAUGGCUGAAGAUCCUGGAGGAGCUCAUUUCAAUUUCCCCUUUAUUUUACUCUGUUUCUCGACAUCUUUGCUUGUCGUAGAGACAUGGCAGGACACACAGCAUCGUUAAGCGGACCCAGACCCGUGUUGCCGUCAUGCCCAAGAAAGGGAACCGAAAACGGCUGAAAUUUAGGGCCGGGGAUGUUUGCUCGGAGUCAGUGACCGUGGCUGACUAUGCCAAUGCUGACCCAGCCAUCGUUAAGUCCGGGAGGCUAAAAAAGGCUGUCGCAAAUGCAAUAGAAAAAGAAGUAAAGUUACUCUGUGGGCUGGAGGCCUCCCAGGGUCCCGUGCAGGAGGUGUUGUCUUCGGCGGGGUGCGUUAGCCCAGCAGAUCGAGAGAGCAGUGAUGAGCUCGAACCAGAGGACGCGGACGAAAACCUCAAGGGUUCCCGCAAGAAGAAAAACAAAAGAUGCAAAGAGAACAGUGAGAGCCUGGAUGGCGAUGAGUACCCUAUGGACAUAUGGCUGGUCCUGUCCGGAUACAUCCGCCCUGAAGACGUCUGCAAGUUUGCCCUCAUAUGCAGGAACGCCUGGACGGUCACCUGCACCGCUGCCUUCUGGACCAGACUGUACCGAAGGCACUACAGUCUGGACUCCCACCUGCCCCUGCGUCUGCAGCCAGACUCUCUAGCAGACAUGCGGUGUCUGCGCGCGUGUGUGAUCCGCUCGCUCUUCCACCUGUACGAGCCGUUCAGCUCGCGCAUCUCCUCGAGUCCGCCACUGCCCGAGGCCACGCCAAACACACUUCUCAAUUACAGGUGUAUGCUGUUCUGGGCCCAGGACGUGACAGGAACCAAGCCUGAGAAACUCUGGCAGUUCAGCUUCAAAUUUGAGAAGCAUGCGCCUAAGAAUAAGAGUGGUCCUGACCGCUCUCUCCAGCUGCCCAAGCGCUAUAAGGAAGUCCACACCAACCCCGACUCCAACUGCUACCUGCUCCAAGUGAACACGCUCAACUUCAUCUAUAUCCCCCACAUGGUCAUGGGCAUGACCCUCUCUCUGAUGACCAUUAACGUGAGCACAGACAUGCGUCACCACCGCGUGCGUCUGGUGUUCCAGGACUCGCCGCUGCUGCGGGGGCAGAGGAAGAGGACUGAGCAGGGCCUGCAGGUGGCGCUAGACCCCGUGCACAGUGUGCACCUCAUGAACUGGUGGGAUCCGCAGUACCCCAUUUCAGCAUAACACUACCAUCCCAGUCCUGCCCUCGCCACCCCAGUUUGACCCCAGCAUAACUGCAGUCUUGCCCUCUGAACCCACUCUUUGCCCUGAAGGCAACCCAAGCAGCCCCUUAGCCCAGUGUUACGCUAGCGUCACCACGCUACGUCACCACGCUAGUGUCACCUCGCUACGUCACCACGCUAGUGUCACCUCGCUAGCGUCACCUCGCUAUGUCACCUCGCUACGUCACCUCUCUAGCGUCACCUCGCUACGUCACCUCGCUAGCGUCACCUCAGUGAAACUCUAACCCUAACCCAAGCAGGCCCUUAGCCCAGUGUUACGCUAGCGUCACCUCGGUGGGACCCCUUCAGUGCUGCUCUGUGUUCAUGCAUGUAGCAUAGCUGACUGAAGGUUGGCGUAAGCGCUAGUGGUGUUGGUGUUCGUCGUCACGGGAACUCAGACAGGGAAGUGUACAGCUAGCUGAAGUACGGUGGCCUGUUGGGCCAUGGUAGCUGCCGUUUGUAUUAGCAUGAGUGUUUCUCUGUCGCUAAUGCUAGAAUAGGAAUCUUGUCGGUAGACAUUCGUCGUUCACCAAGACUAUCUGUUCAUCGUCUCCAUUUGGAGUUUGUCCAGAAGCUCUAGACCAGUGAUUCUGGGAAAACUCUCCUGGACCACGUGUCCAGCUCAUAGACACAGAUAUUCUCAUUUGUCUCGGGUGUCCAGCUCAUAGAUAGAUAGGCCUGUUCAUGCCCCCUAUGACUGAAAACACCUGACGGCCUGUUCAUACCCCCUAUGACUGAAUACACCUGUGAUAUGCCUCUGAGCUCAUAUGACCCUGGAGGUUGUGUGGUGUUUUUGGCUCGUCAUCAGUAAGCGUCAGCCAUGGUCAACUUUUAAAAAGCGCUUUGAACUUUGACACUGCUCAUGGAGUUUCAUCCGACUGUGUGUGUGUGUGUGUGUGUGUGUGUGUGUGUGUGUGUGUGUGUGUGUGUGUGUGUGUGUGUGUGUGUGUGUGUGUGUGUGUGUGGACUUGGCCCCGCGUGUGUGUGUGUGGGUUUGGUGUGUGUAAAUUUGCCCCUAAUCUCUUGAAUGUGUGUUGGGAAGGACGUUGACCACUGCUUCUGAUUUAUUAAAAUGACAAGGAUCAUUACGCAAACGAAAUCAUGACUUCAUCCUGAUUUUAUUUAGUCUUUAAUCAACGCUUUGUCAGGCAACUGCUUUGUCUGUUAAUCUGAGGCCCACAAACAUAAAUGAUUGUGUUUGUUUGUUUUUCUGGAGUGGAAACGGCUGGUUGGCUGUAACUUCACAGACUGAUUUUGUCCCUUUGAAACGACUCGAAUGAUGGAGUAAAGAUGCAGAUGCACAGGCAGAAGACUGAAGAACGUGUGUGAGGUGGUUUACGAUCUUUGGCUUGUGUUUAUUACGUCCCUGAGCUUUAUCUAUUUGUUUUUGUUUUGUGAUGGGUUUUUGUCACUAAUUAAUGUAGUGAAGGGCAGAUUCAUGAGGAAAGUUUCAGUAAUACUCUUAGCAUAAAUAGAUCCAGUACCACGAUUCACAUGUAGUUAAUUUCACUCCCAGGAAGCAUGCCAAUGCAGUUUCAUUUGUGUUUUGUUUUGUUUUUGUGGGCAUUAGUCUUGUCUGAAAUAAAGACUAAAACUCAA